CUUAUUAAUAAUUUAAUAUAUGGAUUAAACUAAAGUGAAGAAAUCAGUAGGAUUCGAAUAUGGGAUUAAUUCCGCAACUUUAUAGAGCUACAAAACAUUAGGGAUUUAAUGUUCCUACUCCUAUUUAAAGAAAAGUAUAAUAAUUCAUUUAUAUUAUAUAGGCAAUACCAUAAAUUUUGGCAAGACAUGAUAUAGUGGCUUGUUCAAAAACAGCAGCUUUUCUAAUUCCUAUGAUAAAUAAGCUUCAAAAUCAUAGUACUGUAGGGGGUAUAAGAGGAUUGAUUUUACUUCCAACAAGAGAAUUUGCCUUAUAAAUAGCAUCAGUUUUAAAAUACUUAUGCAAAUUUACAGAUUUACAAUAUUCUAUAAUGGUUGGAGGUCAUGGUUUAGAAGGGUAAUUUGAGAGUUUGUCAGCUAAUCCUGAUAUUUUAAAAUGUACACCUGGUAGAGUAUUGUUACAUUUAUUGUAUUUAUAGGAAGAUAGAUUAAAAUUAUCUAGAGUUUAAAUGGUAAUUUAUGAUGAAGCUGAUUUCCUGUUUGAAAUGGGUUUAGCUGAUCAAUUUAAAUAAAUCUUAACUCAUCUUUCUUCAUAAAAGCAGACAUUAAUGUUUUCUGCUACAAUUCCAGAAUAAUUGAGUAUAUUUGUUUCUGUUGGUUUAAAAGAUUAUAUAUUUUGUAAAUUAGAUAAGGAAUAUUAAUUACCUGAUUCUCUGUAAUUGCAUUUUAUGUCGAUAGCAAAUGAAAAUAAAGUGCUCUAAUAUAUUUGAU